UCGUCAUCGACAUUCGAUAUUGAAAACAUGAAAAUAUUAUUGAAUUUUGAAACAUAGCAGUCGCAAAGUAAGAGAUUACAAAAGGAUGAAACGGCUAUAAAAGGCAACUUACUAAACAAUUAUAAAUCGAGGUUAACGUGAUUCAAAAAUGGCCAUAAACUCAGUUAAAGAUUUCGGAAAGGCCUGGUGGUCGGAGGUGUACAAUCGUAUAAUAGGAGCGGCGGUGUUCCUAGACGACUACAGCUCAGAAUGUUUGCACUGGGACGGAGGACUGUUGAAUCUCAUAUAUGGGGGAGCUGUCUCUGUGAAGAGCUUGUCGCCUUUUGAGUUUGCAAAAAAAGACCAAAAGAAAGCAGUAUUCAUCACCCAGGCUGCCAGCACCCAGCUCCGCACAGUACGCGAGAUCAUUAAACACAGUGACUUUGCGCACUGCAUGCUGAUAUGCACAGUGAGCCUGGACGUGGUGUAUCUGGAGCUGAACGAAGGGAAGGAUGUGAGCGAUGUGGUGGCGGCAGGGAAGGCUCCGAUGGAGGCCACUAAACAGUUGGAGGGGAUGCUGUUGGAAUGGAUUGGUAAAAAACAAUGUGCAGUUGAAGUGGUCCAUCUCCCACUAUUCACAAUAUCACCAACAAAUGUCGUAUUCCUCACACCGCCAUACCACAAAGUGUAUCCAGCAUAUGACGGUAAACUCACAACGGAGACAACAUCAAUAGACCUGUACACAUUGACCAAAGAGGAAAGAGCUCAAGUGCGGAGGCUGGCCAGUGGCUUGAACAGUAUUAUGGAGUCUAUGAAUUUGAAAGAGGAUGUAUAUUAUAUGGGAACUUACAGCUCUUUGAUAGCUGGAGUGCUGGAAAAUUCACCUGUUUGCUUGGCGAGGAGAAAGAACUGUACAAGCCCCGCAUCCCUAAUCGUGAUAGAUCGCACUCUAGAUGUGUGCGGUGUGACCAGCCAUUCGAUGGAAUCUGUGCUCGAUAAGAUAAUGACGGUGCUGCCGAGGUUUCCGGGGCACAGCAACGAUGUUGCUGUUGAUAUGUCACUAUUAUGUGAAGCUAAUGUUAUCUCGCAUCCCGAAGACCUGCAACUCGCCCCCGGCUGUCUGUACCACGCCAACGAUGACUCCUGCAUGUCCACCUUCGACCACAUGAUCAACAAGAGCCAGAAGGAGGUCAUGUUCGACCUCUACAAUAAGCUGUCCAAGAUAGACGUGCAGAGAUCGCCCAGUCCUAAGAUGCUGCUAAAAGUCACACCGCAAAGCAUUGAGAAGAUUGUCGCGGCCGCUAAAGGCAACUACGACGUAAUAGAAAAGCACAUCGGCGUUCUACAACAAGCCUUAGGCGUGGUCCACACUCUGAAAUCGCCUAAGCGUUCGCAGGUGGAACUACUUCAGAAUUUAGAACGGCAGGUUUUACAGAAUCUGGCCGCUAGUCGCGACUCCACCAGUGUACUACACCAGAUCAGCCACCUAAUAAAAACCAGAAAAGACCGAAACCUUCCCCUGGAGAGUCUCCUCGCCCUCAUAGUCCACGUGUACUCUCUGACCGGCACCGAAGUCUCCUUCUCCAAACAACACGAAGACAGUCUCCAAGAGACGCUGAGCGUCGGCAUAUUUGAAGAUCACAAGACUCUGUUCGCUGACCAUGGCCUGAGAGGCAGUCCGGAGCAUUGCGACGAAGUGUCCAAGUCUAUUAUGGGGAGGUUGAAGGAGAUUGCAAUGAUGAGGAAGAAUUUGCAAAAGUACAACUCAGUCCUAAAGCCGUGCGAAACAGGCGGAGGACACGAGUACCGCGGCGUGUUACAACAAUUAGUUGAAGAUCUGGUAGACACUGAGCGACCAGAACUAACGGACCUACGGCACAGGAAUGAAGGACUCAAAGAUUUACUAAGAAGCGGUCUCAACAUCCUAACGAGUAAGAAAACUCGCAGCACGAAGCACCCGCUCGACAGCCCCACUGUCAUCAUCUUCGUCGUUGGCGGCAUUACUGCCGAGGAGUGCAAGCGAAUCCACAGGACCGUGAUCACGAGCGGCGUCGACACAGCCGUCUUCAUUGGCUCGACCAAAUUUGUCACACCAGUGGAAGCCAUGAGAGAUGUCCUCGCCUUAUAGCAGUACUCGCCUCUGCUGGCCCGCAAGAAGAGUUCCAGCUCUGUCAACGACACUGGCCGGCAGAUGGGGCUGUAUUAACUGCUGUAUCUGGUCGAUAGAUGGCGUUUAUCAUUUAAAUAGAAUUCGUCACACCAGUAGAAGCCAUGAGGGAUGUUCUCGCCUUAUAGCAGUACUCUCCUCUGCUGGCCCGCAAGAAGAGUUCCAGCUCUGUCAACGACACUGGCCGGAAGAUAAGGCUGUAUUAACUACUGUAACUGGUCGAUAGAUGGCGUUUAUCGUUUAAACAAAAUUCGUCACACCUAUUGAAGUCUAGAGGGACGUUCUCGUCUUAUAGUAAUUCUCUCCUCUGCUGGCCCGCAAGAAGAGUUCCAGCUCUGUAAAUGACACCAGCCGUAAGAUGGCUGUAUUAACCACUGUAACUGGUCGAUAGAUGGCGUUGGAAUCGAGGUAAAACUUCUAUUAACUUAGAACAAGUUUUGAUGAUGCCCCCUAAGCCCUAAAUUAUGAACUUUUGAAAAUAAGUGUGUUACAGAGCAAACUCGCCAAUCGAACAUCAUCACUUGACGACAUCAUUUGACUUUCUGAACCUCUGGUCCUCCAGGAUUUUGCUAGUCAAAAACAAUCUUGUGUUUCAC